AUGGAGAAUCUUCGAUUCGGCAAAGACACUCCCAUAGUCAACCGCAGCAACAAGAACAACAACAACAACGACGACGACGAGCACUUCCACUUUAGCGACGACGACAACGACAACAUCAACAUUGAAGACUACAACAGUGAACAAGAUCAAGACCAUGAGCUCUUUCGAAUUCUCGUCGUUGUCGGUAUCACCGUCGAUCGGCUCGCAGGAUCCUCGACUGGCCACAUCAACACCAUUAACUUCCAACGGCGACAACAAAACCAAUUUCAACGACAAUGUGACGUGAACAAGAGACCAUCAGCCCGGGAAAAGCUGUUGAUGAGCAACAUUGAUGAUGAUGACGUUGAUGAUGGAUUCUGUGGCGAAGAUGAUCGCGGAAAACCAGCCGUGCCCGUUCACUGUGUCGUCGAGCUGAGCGGGGCCGCGUGUCAAGAACUGGGACAACCGAGUCAGGAGCCCAAAGUCAUCACAGAUGGCUAUGCGAUCCUUCCGUCGAACACAACUCUCAAUAAUUUGGUGUCGAUAGCACUAGAGAAACUCGGAAUUUAUGGCGAGGCCACGCCAGCGAGAGGCGCACUACAGAUCAAGAACUGGAAGCCUCUCGGACUGGAACAAAUAACCGAGAACCUAAAUAGCGCAACAGUCGGAGAGAUCCUCUCAGAUCUUGGCCAACUGGUUACUCUGAGAAUAACUUUACUAAGCUUGCCAUCGAUGGAGAAUGAGCGACCUGAAGAGUCGGCGAUUGCGUGCCAAACUGUGAAAAGGGAGGAAUUAGCUUUACCCGAGGAAACGGCAAGCGAAGACCUGAAGGAAUCGUCAGCUCGAGAUCUCAGCUCCAAAGACCUGAUGAUACUCAAUCAGCUGCUCAACAAGCAACAGCACCAACAGCAGCUACAGCUCCAACAGCAGCAGCAGCAGCAGCAGCAAUCGCCUUUGCAGCAGCAGCAGCAGCAACAUCAACAGCAGCAGAAAUCUCGACAUUCGACGGAUCGUUUCGCGAACCAGCUCCUCAUGAACGCUGCGGCGCUUCAGAACCACAUGCAGAUCACGGAGGGCAUGCCGGUCUCCUCUUUUUCAGACAAAACGACAAUCACAGAAAAUGGUGUUUCUGAUUCGAUGUAUCAGACACUUCUACAAUCUUUCUCUUCAACCACGGAUAAACGAACACCUUGCGGCUCCGCAAUGUUUUCACCGGAACGACGCGAUGAGAUAUUGAGAACGUUCAUCGAGAACGCUCCCAAGCUCUCGCAGGGUCCAGGAGCAGCUCUGUCUGCUCACCUUGUGUCGCGGAAACGGCCAAACGAAAACGAAGUGCUCGACUUCAGUACCACACCAAAACUAAGCAAUAAUCUAGCGUCGCUAGCAAACAGCAACACGACCAACGGAGUGACCAAGUUCGACGACGAGAAACUCCACGCCAACAAGCCGAGGGUUCGGACCACUUUCGAUCCAGAGACGGAGGUGCCACAGUUGCACGCGUGGUUCCAGAAGGACCAACACCCCACACGGGCCCAGAUUCAGGACUAUGUUGAACAGCUGAACGCCGCUCGUCUCGCUCUAAAUCGGGACAAGCUGCUCAAUGUUAACAAUGUGGUGUAUUGGUUCAAGAAUGCGCGAGCCGCUUACAAGCGUCGCCGUCUCCAGGAAUCAUCUGCCAACCAUCUAGCGUCCGUCUCGAGCUUGGACAAGCUCGCAUCGGCACACUCCCCGAAUUCGAUGCGAGGUGACAUGGACAGCGAACACGAGGCCAGCGUUUCCCCUCCCCCGGCCAGCAACGGCAACAAUAAGCUGGUGCCGAUGUCGCAUACGAGUCUGAACGCCGCGUUGCAGGCCGACGAGGCGGCAACGCCUCUCCUGGACAAGUGGAAGGAGUUCGAGUACCAGCGACGGCUAGCCGAAGCUCAACGUUGGCAGCACCUGGCGGCAGUGAUGCGCGCCCAGCAGGCCCAGGUCGCUCACCAGACCCUCGACCUGAGCGUGAAACCCGUCAAGGUACAAAGUUGUUCUAGCGAGGCCGAAAACGACAGCGCCGACUCGUCGAAGGAGGGCUGCCACGCUCGUAAUGAAAGCGAUGCCAGCGACGACGACGACAACGAUGCCUGGGAGAACCGAAUAGCCAACGCCCAGGCCUCGAGUCUCGCGUUGUACGGUGCCGGAAUGUACAGUAAUGUCGCGAUGCCAGUAGUGCCAUUCCAGUCGUCGGGGGGGAUUAACGUCAAUCCCAACGCACAGCUUGAGGCUAGCGGCCGUAAGCGGAACCGCACUUUCAUUGAUCCCGUGUCCGAAGUGCCGAGGCUGGAGCGAUGGUUCAGCGAUGUGACCACCCAUCCGCAUCACGCUCAGAUCGAGGAGUUUACGGCCGAGCUCAAUUCGAUGGAAUACCGCCAGAAAUUUCCCAAACUCGAGCCCCGGAACGUGCAGUUCUGGUUCAAAAACCGCCGGGCUAAGUACAAGAGGAUCGAGAAAUCCGCCAAUUCCUCCAUGGAGACGACAGUCACGUCCUAA